ACAGGUCCAUUCUCGCCACCAACCUCAUCUGAUCGCGAAUCUUCCACCGAAAAAAAAUGAAGACAUUCAACGACGGGCACCUCUGGACGGUUGGCGCCUUUCUUCUCGCACUCGCCGUCGGUGGAGCGUUCGGCAAACGUGGCAUCUUUUCCAACGUGAACCCCAAAGGAGAGUUGAGCUACUUUAGAGGGGCGAUUGCCCCAACCGAUGUGCUGUGCCUCAAGUUCUACAUCGGCAAGAAGACGACCCUGCCGCUGCAGGUUCCCGUGCUGACCAAUCUUCCUUUGAGCGCUAUCAAGGCCACCGCGUGGGAGUUUAACAAGAUUGGCUUCCAAAUGGACGUUCAGAUUGGCGGAUUGGGUGCGACGACGACGGUUCUUAACUUUCAUGGCCCGGACAAGGCACUGUACCCGAUUGAGGUGGAGUGCUACUGUACUGCUGCACCACCAGCUGUACCAUAAAAUCAAUUAAAUACACUGAGUUGAGUUGCAUCAACUCCAGAAUCAAAACUCGAAAUCCUGACCUGAACCAAUAAAUCUCCAGUUGCUUCACUUUUAA